CUGACUUAUACCUGUGUAAUUGAAAGGAACGCCAGCAUUGUACGUUCAGAACAAGAAGAUGGCUAGUAUGGAUGCUUGGGCUACUGAACUGCCUUAGGCAGAUGCCCGAAACCUCAGGCUCUAACAUACCCAAUGUGGAAUAGCGGCGGGCAUUUCAGCAGGUAUGAAGUAAUCCCCAAUCACCAUCGUACUGAAGCUCUCCCCGCAUCCACCGGCGCUCGUUUGAUUUCAAAUCAACUACUCAUCCAUGAGCUUCGCAAGACUAUUCCGACCCCUCAUCGGUUCUCCAUUUCGAGCCCAGAAUCGUUCUGUCCCAGCCCAAGCGCAGCACAUCCGAGCCAUGCAUAUCCAAUCGAUUCCCAUGUGGACGGGGAAGGGAAAUAACUACGCCUACCUCGUGACGGACGAGCCAACCAAGCAGUCCGUGAUCAUUGACCCGGCUAACCCGCCAGAAGUAGCACCGGUGCUGAAGAGCCAAAUCGCAGAUGGCAAGAUUGAUCUGACAGCUAUUGUUAAUACUCAUCACCAUUGGGAUCACGCGGGCGGCAAUGAUGAAUUGCUCAAAAUCUUCGGCAAGCUCCCCGUUAUCGGGGGUAAGAAUUGUCAAUCGGUGACGCAGACCCCGGCGCAUGGAGAGACGUUCAAGAUCGGAGACCGCAUCUCCGUAAAAGCUCUCCAUACGCCUUGUCAUACCCAAGAUAGUAUCUGCUAUUUCAUGCAGGAUGGCGAGGAACGCGUUGUUUUCACGGGUGACACCCUGUUCAUUGCAGGAUGUGGUCGCUUUUUUGAAGGUACCGCCCCGGAAAUGCACAAGGCGUUGAACGAGACGCUUGCUUCUUUGCCGGAUGAUACUAAGGUCUUUCCCGGCCACGAGUACACCAAAGCCAAUGUGAAGUUCUGUCUUGCCGUGUCGCAGUCAGAGCCUAUCAAGAAGCUGCAGGCAUUCGCAGAGCAGAACCAGCAGACACAGGGCAAGUUCACGAUUGGUGAUGAGAAGCUCCAUAACGUGUUCAUGCGCGUCAAUGACCCCGAGAUCCAGAAAAAGACCGGAAAGACAAACCCCGUAGAAGUGAUGGCGGCUCUACGGGAGAUGAAGAAUGCGAUGUGAAUGCGAUGUGAAUGCGAUGUGUAGUGUAUGUACAAAUAGUAGCAUGGGU